UUCCUCCCUUCCUCCACCGCCGGCGCAACUAGCGAGCACAAGGCGGGGUUUUCGCAGGCGCCAUUUUCUCUUCUCACGACCGAGGUCGCUCUCGCUCUCCUUUGCCGCCCCCCUGCACCACUUUCAUCGGGGCUCCCACUGUGGGCUCUUGAAGCAAGUCUGUUGGAUUUUAAUCCCUCCCAGAACACUUGAGUGUUUGUCAGCGAGGAUAUAUAAAAGCGAUUUUGCUUGCCAACAUAAGAAAGAAAGGCAAUGGAGACUGAGCAACAGGAAGAGACCUUUACCAACACAGAGACAAAUGAUCUCUCUAUAGGCAAACGUCCUGCAGAAGAUAUGGAGGAAGAGCAGGCCUUCAAGAGAUCUCGGAACACAGAUGAGAUGGUUGAACUGCGCAUCUUGCUUCAGAGCAAAAAUGCUGGAGCAGUGAUUGGAAAAGGUGGCAAAAAUAUUAAGGCACUUCGUACAGACUACAAUGCCAGUGUUUCAGUCCCAGACAGCAGUGGCCCCGAGCGCAUCUUGAGUAUCAGUGCAGAUAUAGAGACAAUUGGAGAAAUCUUGAAGAAGAUUAUCCCUACUUUGGAAGAGUAUCAACACUACAAAGGCAGCGACUUUGACUGUGAAUUGAGACUUCUCAUUCACCAGAGUUUGGCAGGAGGAAUUAUUGGUGUCAAGGGUGCUAAAAUUAAAGAACUCAGAGAGAACACUCAGACCACCAUUAAGCUCUUCCAAGAGUGUUGUCCUCAUUCUACUGAUAGGGUGGUGCUUAUUGGUGGAAAACCUGAUAGAGUUGUGGAAUGUAUCAAGAUUAUCUUGGAUCUUAUCUCUGAGUCUCCAAUUAAAGGACGGGCCCAACCUUAUGAUCCCAAUUUCUAUGAUGAGACAUAUGACUACGGUGGCUUCACAAUGAUGUUUGAUGAUAGAAGGGGACGUCCAGUAGGCUUUCCAAUGCGUGGAAGAGGAGGUUUUGAUCGAAUGCCCCCUGGUCGUGGUGGACGACCUAUGCCUCCAUCGAGAAGAGAUUAUGAUGACAUGAGCCCUCGCAGAGGACCUCCACCACCUCCACCAGGUCGCGGUGGUAGAGGUGGCAGCAGAGCUCGUAACCUUCCUCUUCCUCCUCCACCCCCUCCUCGUGGCGGAGAUCUUAUGUCCUAUGACCGAAGGGGCAGACCAGGAGACCGUUACGAUGGCAUGAUUCCUCUUUCCUGGGAAGAGAAAUCAUAUGUCUGGGAGAUGAUGCAGUGUCAUGUGGAUGCUUGUGAUGACAUGCAGCCACCAGAGUUGUUUGAGGGUGGCUCUGGAUAUGAUUAUUCAUACGCAGGGGGACGCGGUUCGUAUGGAGACCUUGGUGGACCCAUCAUCACAACACAAGUAACAAUUCCCAAAGAUUUGGCAGGAUCUAUUAUUGGAAAGGGAGGCCAGAGAAUCAAACAAAUACGUCAUGAAUCGGGAGCUUCGAUCAAAAUUGAUGAACCAUUAGAAGGCUCAGAAGAUCGGAUUAUAACUAUUACGGGAACACAGGACCAGAUACAAAAUGCACAGUAUUUACUGCAGAACAGUGUGAAGCAGUAUGCAGAUGUUGAAGGAUUCUAAUGCAAGAUUAUUUUUUCUUUUUUAUAGUGUGAAGCAGUAUUCUGGAAAGUUUUUCUAAGACUAGUGAAGAACUGAAGGAGUCCUGCACCCCUUUUUUUUUUGUUUGUUUUUUUAAUCUGCUUCUGUUUAAAAAGCCAACAUUCCUCUGCUUCAUAGGUGUUCUGCAUUUGAGGUGUAGUGGAAUCUUUGCUGUCCACCAGUUGUAAUGUUUUAAUUCCUUACACGUGGGGGGAGGGAAAGGGCACACAAAACUAACAUUGAAAUUUUGAAGCAGCAGCAGAGAGAGUGACUUUUAUUUUUUGUUCAUUGUUGGUAGUAGAUUGUAAUGUUUUCAUUGUAAUUGUUGUGAACACCCUGCUUUACGUACACUGUAUCUUUUCUUUGGAAGUGGGGAGAAUACUGCUAGCCCACAUGUCCCUGGCAUCCUUUGAGAGCAGUGAGCACAAUGUAAUGCUCUUUUUUAAGAAACACUUUAUGAUUUCUAAAUAAAUUAGUGAACCUGUUCUUGGUAGUGACUUUUCUUCAGAUACAUGUAAGAUAAUGUCUAAAAUAGAUACGCCGUUGUUGGGCUUUUUCUCCCACAUGAGAGAAAGUUGUAGUUAAGCUUGCUCUUUUAUAUAGGUGGAUUUGUGUGGGGUUUUUGACACAUUAAACUGUGUGAAAAGAAUGACUCUGCUUUGCUGUUUGGGGAAAAAAUGCAGAAAUAUUCAUGCAGAUGUUGUGUAAAAUUGACAUUUCUCAAGUGUUUGGCCCUCUUUGCAGUACAUAUAUAUAUUGGUAACAGUAUAUAAAUAAAAUACUUUAAAACUUUGUGAUGUCACUGAGUAAGCAGUGGUAAAGUACACCUGGUUAUAGACAGCUUGCUUAAUGCAGAUAACACUGUUAGAAAUGACAGUUGCUGUACCAUUAACGAAUUAAUUAUAGUUAUUUUAUGAGCUUUCAUUUAUAUGAGGUUAGAAAUCCAUAUAAAUUGGCAAAUUGACAGUAUCUAACUCUGUAACUUGAUUUUCAUUGUGUGCAAAACUUGUUUGGUUUCCCUGUUGUAUGUUGAAUUCCUUAGGAAUUAUUUGUGAGAAAUUAAAAAAUAUAAAGCCUCUGGAUAUCAUGUAAUAACUUGGCAUUUGUAUUUAUAGUUUAAAAAUGUUAAUUUUACUUCCUGAAUAAAAACAACCUUAAAAACAUGA